AUGCCUCAGAAAAUUGAGGAAAUCAAGGACUUCUUGCUCACGGCCCGGCGGAAGGAUGCCAAAUCUGUCAAAAUCAAGAAGAACAAGGAUAAUGUGAAGUUCAAGGUUCGCUGCAGCAGAUACCUUUACACCCUGGUCAUCACAGACAGGGAGAAAGCCGAGAAGUUGAAACAGUCCCUGCCCCCUGGCUUGGCAGCAAAGGAGCUGAAAUUAAGCAGACCUCUGUGUUUGACUAUUAAAAACUCUAAAAUAUCAAAAAAAAGGACGUACCUGGGCAUUAUGCAAGCAGGAAGUGUUUCUUGGUGCACACCCUAUAGUUAA